AUGGCAGAAGAGGGCCCCCAGCUCACGCCGGUCGGAGAGCAAUCCCUGCCGGCAAAAUGUAAAGCCACCACCCUGGCGUACUGUCCCUCGAUGGACCUUAUCGCCCUGGCGACCGACGACGAGGAGCUGCGCGUAUUCCGCUUGAAUGGACAGCACGUCUUCGGUGGCUCGUUUGGAGGUGACCCCUACCUCGACGAUGACGAGGAAGACGGGGAGGUGAGAGCAUUGGCGUGGAAGGGUAACGGUCGACUUCUCGCUGUCGCCUGUGGAGAUGGAUCUUUGCGCAUUCUUAGUGCCUAUAGCGGAAAGACAGUCCAUCACUACCAGGCGUACCACAAACCAAGCGAAGAGUUCUUCUCUCCUGGCCAGCAAACAACUCCGAAGGUGACAUGUCUAGGCUGGGGUUUGAACUUCACCGAUAGCAAAGCUGCACAAAAGCAUCUCCAAGACCCCGCUGGCCAGGUCUCCGUGGAUGACCUAUUGACUCCAGGAAUCCACCCGUCCAAAGCAGCGGCUCUGCUGAAGGCUGACCUGCCACGAGAGCUUGCAUUGCUUGACAUCGAGAGUUCAUUGCCUAAAUUAAGCACACUACCCGCAACGGGGGCUGAAGAUGAUCUCUUCAGCUCACGCGCCUCCAUCGAUGCUAUAUUCCACUCUUAUGCGAAAGAUGCCAGCGACUCGGUGGAUGUCCUCUUUAUUGGCUUCGACGACGGGAGUGUCCACCUGCGUAUCUUUGAUUGUUUCGAGAUCGGCUCGUUUCCCGUGGGUACCGCGACACCACAAGCGAAAUCGUGUCAUAUUCUCCGCCAUGCCUCUCAUCCUUUGAGUUCAACUCAUGCCCUGGUAGUAUCGACGACUACAGGGGACUCUUCAUCACCGCUGAGCAUUGUCACCCUCGACUUGCGCUUCAUCACGAAGUCUGGGCGGUAUCUUUCUCUUCUAGCGUCCAAGACGACCCAGCUUCAGAAUUUGCUGCGGUACAUUGGACAAGUCCAGCGUCAGAUUGAAAUGGAGUGGAAGAAUGCCCAGGAAUUACCCGCGCGUUUCCUGCGAAGUGUGAAUCAGGAUCUACAGGAUCAAUGUCAAUGUGAUUUCGUGACGGCUAUUUACCACCUGGUUGUUACUGGGCAUUGUUUUGAGCCGAUGAAGGAGUUUUUGGUGGAUAUUGUUGGAGAUCGAGGCCACAAACGAUGGGAUAAAGCUGUUGCCGGGGGCUACGAGAAUAUCCGCCGGUUAACACACGAAUGCCUCCUUCCAGCAUUGGAGCGAAGCCAGGUCCUUAUCAGCCGACUGGUAGGACUGUCAAAAUUCCACAAACUCAGCGACGUGCUCGGAUUAGACACACAAAAGUUGAACGGCAUUGUCGAGACCUUAGAUUGUCUACACCUUCUCGCCCAUCGCAUCCUAAAUCACGCCAACGAAGAGCUAGUCCAGUUUGCUGCAUUUUCACGAUGGCUUCGCCAUGAGAUCGAGAUUCUAAAUAGUGAGCCCCUGUCGCAAACAUUGGAGGAGAAUCUCGAAAAGCGAGAACUGUUUGAAGUCCCGCCCACGGUGAACUACAUCACCGGUGCGCUACAGAAAAGUGCCUUGCGGAACUUCAUCCGUCAGCUACCUAUGAUUGGCGUGCCCAUGAUGCCAACCUCAUCAACAAAUAAAUGGCUUCCAGACGGACACGAUAGUUCGUUCUACGAUGAGUUCAAAUUACUCCUCCAGCAGCAACGCAAAGUACAAAAUGAAGGAGGUGAUGGGUCAAGUGUUGAUACGCCUAGGCUGAAUGACUUGACGAAUCGACUUGGUAUCCAGUUCGAGAAGGUCUUUGCGGAAAUUGCAUUGACACAGCGGAGAGGUAUUCUGCACCGGUCACCGCUUACAUUGCAUUCGGACUGCGAUCCAAAUGUUCUUGACCUGAAGAUUCGCUACGAAGAUUCCGAGGAGAAACGCCCGUGCUCUAUCUACACUGCGAGCAGGUCAAGCAGCUCCAAGGAGUCAUUCUACAUCUACCGCACAAUUCUCGACUCCCUCAAUGGUGUCAGUUCCACUCGCAGCACAUCUGUCGCAGCCAUUUCAGUCCAACAAGGUGAAAUACGACAACUGCAGUUUGUCGACGAUGAUACGAUCAUAGUACUUUGGUCUAGCGAAGAACGCUCCUACUUGCUCACUUUUUCCUUUCGGCCUAGGUCUGGAAAAGCGGACUCCCCCGCUUUAGGACUCGAGUAUGUCGAGUGUGAAACAUCCCCCACCACUCCCAAGCCACCGGCUCCCGUCGCUCAACUUGAGCUUUCUUCUUUGGGAGAGAUAAACGCCAUCAAACACGUUUUUCCGCCAUCUGGUCCUAAGGCAAAACCAGUGUGGCUAGAUGUUAAUGGCCGGCGGGGCCGGCGGGCAGUUUGUGUGCUUUAUGGAGACGGGAUGCGAUAUGAUGUGUUGGAUUUGGAUGUUGCAGUCGAAGAGUGGGAGGAAGAGGAAGAGGAGGAGGAGGAAGAAGGGAAAGAUACUGAGAACUGA